GACAGCGCGAGAGAAAGAGGGGAGGAGAGAGGGAGAGAGGGAACAGUAAAGAGUGAGUAAGAGGAGCAGAGGGAGGCGGGACGUGUGUGAAAGCCGCAGCAUUUUUCCAGAUCGUAUCUGCAAGACCUUCGGACACCGAUUUCCACACGACGAGCUCCUGAGGGACGGAUAGAGGGAUGAGAAUAAAGAGACAGACAGAUGGAUCUUUACAGAGACUGAUGAAGAGAUAAAGAGAUGGAUAGCUAGAGGUAGAUUUAUGAAGGUACUGCUUUCCUUCUUGCAGUCAGGAAGACGAGCUUGUGGAUGUCCUAAGUGAAGUCACGCUCUGCCUUUCAUCUCGCACUUCUCCGUGUCGGCUCGCUGCUCGCUCUGACGUGAGGUCAGUCGUGACAGAUGUGUCCAGGUGUUGGUCGGCGAGUCCUGCAGCUCUUCUGUCCUUAGCUGUCGAUGUGACUGCGGAGCCUGAGGGUCAGGACGCUUCACAUGCUGACACCCUGACAGGUUGCAGAUUUACUCGCCGCUGCAGACGAGAGGAAAAGUAAAGCACACCCACUUCCUGCGGCCUUGUGUUCUUCGUUUUUCACGCCGUGCAGAAGUUCCUGAAGUUCUCCAGAAGCUGCGGUGCAACGCUGGAAAAUUUCAAGCAGCUCUGGAUCUUCAUCAAUGUCAUCGAAGCACUGUGGCAUAUUUUACUCUGGAUACAUUGCAGCUUACUUAGUAUUCCAAGCUGAAGGUCCACACCGAAGCAUUUCCAAUGCUCACGGGGAACUGCAUGCUGCUGUUCCUCUGGUUUCUCCUGGACAAGAACUUUGUUUCUCCAAUGCCCAGGUGGGAAAAGGAGCACCACAGGGGUCUUGGGGACCACAGGAGUCUUAGCAUGGUGGGGGUUCCAAGAGUCAAACGAGGAUGGGUGUGGAACCAGUUCUUCGUGCUGGAGGAAUACAUGGGGUCUGAACCGCAGUAUGUCGGAAAGCUACACAGUGACCUGGAUCGAGGAGAUAACAUGGUGAAGUACACGCUAUCCGGAGAAGGAGUGGGUUCUAUUUUCACCAUCGAGCCCAGCACGGGAGACAUCCAUGCCUUGAGGAGUCUGGACCGUGAGGAGAAGUCCUACUACACGCUGAGGGCGCAGGCCGUAGACGUGGUCACGGAAAGAGCCCUUGAACCCGAGUCCACUUUCAUCAUCAAGGUCCAGGACAUUAACGACAACGAGCCCAAGUUCCUCGAGGGUCCGUAUAUGGCGAGCGUCCCAGAGAUGUCACCUGUAGGUACGUACGUGACACGAGUCACGGCCACCGAUGCAGACGAUCCCACGUACGGAAACAGCGCUCAGAUCGUCUACAGCGUCCUACACGGCCAGCCUUACUUCUCCGUCGAACCCAAAACCGGUGUGAUAAGGAUUGCGCUACCUAACAUGGACCGUGAGAUCAAAGAGUCGUACCAAGUCAUGAUCCAGGCCAAAGAUAUGGGAGGACAGCUGGGGGGUUUGGCAGGAACCACCACCGUCAACAUCACCCUCACUGACAUCAACGAUAAUCCACCGAGGUUUGCAAAAAGUGUCUUUCACCUGAGAGUUCCUGAAUCUGCGCCGGUGGAUUCCUCAUUGGGGAAGAUCAAAGCCCACGAUCUGGACGUAGGGACGAACGCAAAGGUGGAGUACAGGAUUGUACCAGGAGACAGCAGCUCCACCUUCGACAUCUACACCGACGCUCACACGCAGGAGGGCACUGUGGUUCUCAGAAAGCCGCUGGAUUAUGAAAGCCGGAAAACGUACAGUUUUAAAGUCUCAGCGUCGGACCCGCACAUGGAUGCUCGUUUCCUGCAGGGCGGCUCACACAGCGACUCGGCCGUGGUGAAGCUCAGCGUGAUGGACGUGGAGGAACCUCCUAUCUUCAGCAGCUCAGAGUACAGCAUGGAGACACGUGAGGGAGCUGCAGGGAACACGAUCGGGGUGGUGAAAGCCCACGAUCCUGACACGGGGCACAGUCCCAUCAGUUACUCCAUCGAGUGGAACCCAGACACGGAGAAUUACUUCAGCAUCGAUCCUGUCCAAGGCACCAUUUAUUCCCGAGAAGCUCUGGACAGAGAGACGACCCCAAAACACAACAUCACUGUUGUUGCAACUAAAGUCAAUGAUCCGCUCCUGUACAGUCGAGUUGAUGUUGUAAUCACGGUGCUUGAUGUCAAUGAGUUCCCUCCAGAACUUUCUUCUCCGUAUGAGGUGUUUGUUUGCGAGGAUGCAAAAGUAGGCCAGGUGAUCCAGGUCUUCAGUGCUACAGACAGAGACAUGCCUAAUAUAGGACACAGAUUCUUCUUCAAAUCUCCCAGAGAUAUCCGGAACAAGAACUUCACUAUCCGGGAUUAUGGAAACAACACAGCCGGACUUGUAAACAGGCGUGCAGGAUUUGGGCGGAGGGAGAGGAGUGUGUAUGAGGUGCCGGUGGUGGUGGAGGACGGCGGCUUCCCCGUCCAGAGCAGCACCGGGACGCUGAGUGUACGUGUCUGUGCUUGCGAUGUCUCCGGCUCCAUCUUGGACUGCAGCACCAAAGCUUUUCUUCUGCCUCUGGGUCUCAGCCCUGGAGCUCUGCUGGCUAUUCUUCUGUGUGUGAUCAUUCUGCUGUCGAUCGUGGUUCUGUCCGUGUCUCUGAAGCGCCACAGGAAGAAGGACGCUUUGAUGUCGUCGAAAGAGGACGCGAGGGACAACGUGAUCCGCUACGACGACGAGGGCGGAGGCGAGGAAGACACGCAAGCCUUCGACAUCGGAACUUUGCGCCACCCGGAGGCCGUAGAGGACUCAUCUGUCCACCGUUACGACCUCCGGGACGACAGGAACGGCGAGGACGUUCAGGUGUACCUCCAACAGCGGUUACAGGAGAACCACCGAGACGACACGGAACCACCGUACGACUCGCUGGCUACGUUCGCUUACGAGGGCUCGGGUUCCGCGGCUGAGUCGCUCAGCUCAAUCGAAUCGCAAACUCACGAGAUCGACAUCGGCCUGGACUUGACGUCGAUGGGAGACCUGGGACCUCGUUUUAGCGAUCUGACUCUGAUCCUUUCCAUGAGAAAAGACAAUGAAGGAGAAUCGUGUCUCCCACACGCUGAGGGAUCAGAACCGAGACGAGACGACUGAUGCGAUUUUAUUCUUGGAGAAGAGCUCUGUGAAAGUGGAACACCUGGAAAGGUAUUAUUUCAGGCAUAACACCUCGACCGAGGCAGUACCAGAGACGUGCGCAUCUUUUUAUUUUUUUUUCCUCACGCGUUCCUCAACCUGUUUUCAACUCAUUCAGGUUGGAAGUUGCAAAUCCUUCUGACUGCGUCUUCACUCCAGCUUCAUGUUUGCACUUGUCAGGAACUGAGUUUAAAAAAAAUCCUUUCGGGGGGAUUUUGUAAAAGCGCCCCUUUGAUAUGAAAAAGUGCCUCAAAACUUCUUUUCUUUUUCUCUUUCGGUUCACACGCUCAUUCUUCCAAGCUAAUCGACUUCGCUCUCUGUAGCUUGAGUUUCUCACUUGUUAUGAAGAAGGGACUAAAAAAUAAAGAAAUAAAGAUCAAAGACCUUUGUUUUGCUCCUUCAAUCGGUGACGUUGUGUUGAAGUUUGGGAUGCGAGUACACAGUAAAUCUGGAAGUGUGUGCGUGUACCGCUUUGCAAAUAUCUCAUAGUACAAUAAAGAAAUACUUUUAGCGUACAA